AUGGCUGGUGCUCGUGUGAUCGUGACUGAGAUUGAUCCAAUCUGUGCUCUCCAGGCGCUUGUGGAGGGUCUCCAGGUUCUCACCCUCCAGGAUGUCGUCUCUGAAGCUGAUAUCUUUGUGACCACCACUGGCAACAAGGACGUGAUCAUGGUUACCCACAUGAAGAAGAUGAAGAACAACGCGAUUGUUUGCAACGUUGGCCACUUCGACAAUGAAAUUGACAUGCACGGGCUUGAGACGUACCCUGGUGUGAAGAGAAUCACCAUCAAACCUCAGACCGACAGGUUCGUGUUCCCGGAGACCAACCGUGGCGUCAUUGUUUUGGGCGAGGGGCGUCUCAUGAACCUGGGUUGUGCCAGCGGACACCCUAGUUUCGUGCUGUCCUGCUCCUUAACCAACCAACUCAUUGCCCAGCUGGAGCUGUGGAAGGAGAAGAGCAGUGGCAAGUACGAGAAUAAUAAGGUUUACCUCUUGCCCAAGCACCUGGAUGAGAAGGUAGCUGCCCUUCAUCUUGGGAAGCUCGGUGCCAAGCUCACUAAACUUAGCCCCGACCAAGCUGCUUACAUUAGUGUUCCAGUUCAGGGUCCUUACAAGCCUCCUCACUACAGGAAAGUCAGGCGCAAAGAAACGAAGCCUAAUGCUAGCAAAGAGACUGAUACUGUGAAUAAAGAAACCAAGACUAAAACCUCAGAUGGAGAGGCUAAAAAAGAUGAAGAGAAGGGGCUUGUUUUGAUGCAUUAUGCACACCAACCCGAUUUUAAGCACGGCUUAAUCAAAGGCUCUAUGCGAACUCAAAGGCGUAAAAUUGUUAUUGAGAAACUGUUUCAAGCAAAUGCAGCCGGCUAG